UUGCAUGAACCUACCCCCAGACAAGGUGAAACUGCUGAGUCAAUAUGACAAUGAGAAAAAGUGGGAACUUAUCUGUGAUCAGGAACGCUUCCAGGCAAAGAAUCCUCCUCAUGCUUACAUCCAGAAACUAAGGAGUUUCCUGGACCAGGGUGGAGUCAGAAAGUUCAAGAGACGAGUGCAGGAGUCAACCCAAGUCCUACGAGAGCUUGAAAUUUCAUUGAGGACUAACCACAUUGGUUGGGUACAGGAGUUUUUAAAUGAAGAGAACAAAGGGCUGGAUGUGUUGGUGGAGUACUUGUCCUUUGCACAAUGCGCUGUCACAUCUUUUAAAGAAACUGCAUGGAAUUUUGUGAGGAGUUUGAGUUAUGUGGAAAGGCAUGACAUGGAGAGUACGGAUAAUGGAGGAAUUGCUUCUGAGAAAAGUAAGCCUUUGGAUAGAUCUGUAGAAGAUCUCAGUAGAGGCAACUCGCCUACGCAUGGGUCUUCCAGAGCCAGUGGGCGUCAUCUUACUGUCAGGCACAACAUGCACAGUAGGAAAGCACUGCGGAACUCCCGGAUCGUCAGCCAGAAGGACGAUGUCCACGUCUGCAUCAUGUGCCUUCGUGCCAUCAUGAACUACCAGUCUGGUUUCACCCUGGUGAUGGAACAUGAGCAAUGUGUGAAUGAAAUCACCCUCAGUUUGAACAAUAAAAAUGCAAGGACGAAGGCGCUGGUGUUGGAGUUGUUGGCCGCAGUGUGCUUGGUGCGAGGGGGACAUGACAUCAUCCUUGCAGCCUUUGAGAACUUCAAAGAGGUCUGUAAGGAGAAGGUGCGCUUUGAAAGGCUCAUGGAAUAUUUCCGGAACGAGGACAGUAACAUCGACUUCAUGGUCGCCUGUAUGCAGUUCAUUAACAUCGUCGUGCAUUCUGUCGAGGACAUGAACUUCCGGGUCCAUCUGCAGUUUGAAUUCACCUUGCUGGGACUGGACGAGUACCUCAAUAAACUGAAGCCAUCGGAAAGUGAGAGGCUGCAGGUUCAGAUCCAGGCAUACCUGGAUAACGUGUUUGACGUUGGUGCACUGCUGGAGGAUGCAGAGACCAAGAAUGCAGUGCUGGAACACGUUGAGGAACUGCAAGGACAAGUAAAUCAGCUGACGGAAAAGCUGCAGGAAGCCGAGAAUGAUUCCAUGAUGAAGAUUGCGGAGUUGGAGAAACAGUUGAUACAGGCCCACAAGGAGGUGGAAGUUCUCAAGGAGACGUUCAGCGAUUCCACAGCAAAGUUGCAGUCUCUGCAGGCACAGGUGACGGACAGUAACAAAUUGGCCCAGCAGCACACCUCCUUGGAGCAGAAACUCUUCCAGAUGGAACAGCAGGGUGUGCUCAAAAUCCAUCGUGGAGACAACGGAGACCUCAACAUAGAAAUCAUUCCAGUUGUAGUGAAGGAAACAGUCGUAAUCACAGAACCUGCAGCCAAGCUUGAACCCAAGCAAGAUGUUCGUCCGGUGCCAGCUGUUCAGGGUGACAUUACUGAGACCGACAGUUCAGGAGCAGAUCAUCCCCAUCCUCCCCCUCCUCCUCCCAUCCCUCCAUCAGCGGAGACAGCCGUCGCUCCACCUCCUCCUCCUCUACCCAAUGCGGCUGCCGGUGAGACUGCAGGUAUACCACCUCCCCCGCCCCCACCGCCGCCUCUCCCAGGAGCUGGACCCCCACCCCCACCCCCACCCCCACCCCCACCCGGGGCUCUCCCGCCAGGAGUGCCCCCGCCCCCUCCCGCUCCAGGAGCAUCAGGAUCCUUCUUCAAUGCCGCAACAAAUGUCACCACAGCUUUGAAGGUAAAGCAGCCAAUUAAAACUAAGUUCCGAAUGCCUCUCCUGAACUGGGUGACGCUGAAACCCACCGAAAUUGAUGGAACAGUCUUCCAUGAGUUGGAUGAUGAGAAGCUGCUGCAGGAGCUGAACAUGACAGAGUUUGAGGAGAAGUUUAAGACCAAGGCACAGGGUUCAUCGGUGAAUAUCAACACAAUGAAAAUAAAGGUUUCCCAGAAAGCAAGCAGCAAAGUCAGUUUGAUUGAGUCGAACCGAGCGAAGAACCUGGCCAUCACACUGCGCAAAGGAGGCCUAAGCUCUGAUGAGAUCUGCAAGGCCAUUGAGGACUUCGACAUGCAGUCACUCAACCUGGAUUUCAUGGAGCUCCUGACCCGUUUCGUGCCAACCGAAUCCGAGCGUAAAUUGCUGCAGCGGUACGAGGCAGACAAGAAGCCGCUGGAGGACCUGGCCGAGGAGGACCGCUUCAUGAUCAAGUUCAGCAAGAUCCCGAAACUCACGGAACGGAUGAAAAUUAUCACCUUUAUGGGAAACUUCAACGACAGUCUGCAGCUGCUGUUGCCGCAACUAAACGCAAUCAUUGCUGCAUCGAUGUCCAUCAAGUCAUCGGUGAAACUGAAGAAAAUCCUGGAGAUAAUUUUAGCAUUUGGAAACUACAUGAAUAGCAGUAAGAAAGGAGCUGUUUAUGGCUUUCGACUGCAAAGCCUUGACUUGCUUCUUGAAACCAAGUCAACUGAUAGGAAACAGACUCUAAUGAACUACAUUGUGGAUAUAAUUCACAAAAACUAUCCUGAACUCAAUGCCUUUCACACCGAGCUGUUGUUUGUGGAGAAAGCUGCUGCAGUGUCACUGGAGAAUGUCAUACAGGAUGUGCGGUCAUUACAGCAGGGGAUGGAACUCACCCGGAAGAUGUUCAUGGUUCAGGAUACCAGCAUACUCCUGAAGGAGUUCAUGGGCACCAACUCCGAGAAAGUGGACAACUUAAUGAAGGAUAGCAAAACUGCACAGGAGGCUUACCAGUCUGUUGUUGACUAUUUUGGGGAAGAUGUGAAAAAAAUGCCUCCAAAUAUGUUCUUCCCGUUCUUUCUGCGGUUCACCAAGGGUUAUAAGCAAGCCGAGCAGGAAAAUGAGAUCCGAAAGAAGCAGGAGGAAAUGGUAACCCAGGACGUUGGGGAGACAGGAUCACCCCCAAGCAAAGGACAACCAGAAGAGAAGUCUCUUCCUGUGAAGAAUAAGGCCCCUCACAUGGACCUGAUGGCUGAGCUGAAGAAGAAGCAGCAGGGGAAAGAGAGGAUGGUUUAUGAGGGCAAGGAUGGAGCAAUUGAAGACAUUAUCACAGAUCUACGCAACCAGCCAUACAGACGCGCAGACGCCAUGAGGAGGAGUGUUCGGAAGAGAAUGGACGAACAGAACCUUCGUGUAUCUGGAGAAGUCUCGUUAUAACCAGUUGUUUGAGCUGUCGGGGGGGGGGAGGGGGUUCAAAUAAUCAAUUCAGAGAACAAAUAGACACCAGAGGUAAACUUGCCGCACUUAGCAAUGUACUGUACAGUAAUUCCAACUUCAUAAGGCUUCACAUUUGUAAGUAAAAUAAGAUUCAAUUGCUGUAACCAAUAGCGACGUCUGUGGUGUAGAGAACAAGUAAUGCAAAACUGAUUAAAGGUUUGAGGAAUCUUGUAAGAACGGGAAAAUGGUGGAGAAGAGGAGACUGUAAUUUGUCUUCCUCAGCGAGAAGCCUCAUUACAACCCCACCCUGGCAACUUCACCGACUGGCCCACUGGGCUUCCCUGGAAACAACUGAAGAAACCGGACUGGACUGUCAAUCGGUUAGCUGGUGUUAUUUACAUAAUUACACUGCUUUAGCCACCAUGCUUCGCAUAUUCUGCAUUUAAAAAUUGUAUGCCAGAAAAUAAAUAAUACUUGGAAUAUUUCAGGUGUAUUAUCCCAGAUAUAGACAAUCAAAGGGAGACUCAAUUCAGGAUAGGGGAUCAGCUGGAGCCUGUGACAUAACAAUUUGGAUAUCUUUAUCCCAGUUGAAUGGAAAACCCUAAUUUAUCAACAGUGCUGUAGAUGUUUGAGGGAUGAUUUUUAUCCCCAGUCAUUCAGUGAUGUUGGACUGUUUGACUCAGCUAAUAAUGGAUUAUCAUAAAACAAUCUUUUUAUAUUAAUAUCAUCUCUUUUCAAAAUCUUCUAAUGCUUUAAAUAAUUCAAUUUUAUAAUGCAGUCUUUGAAGUCCACCAUGAGAUAGUUCACCAAGUGAAUAACUAGAGGCUUGGAAUGCCUGUUGUGUGUUGGAGCUAACUAUCACACCACAAUGAAGUUUAACAUCCAUAGAAAAGCAAAAUCUAUGACUUGGAUGGCAGUUCAGCAUAUUACAAUGAUGUAUCAAGAUCUGUAAGCCUUAAGCCUAUGGAGUAAGGUUUGUUCAUUGCAUAUUUUAAAUUUAAGAAAGGGGCAAUAAAGCUUGAAAGGUUAGAUACAAGUUUACCAUUUGCCCUUGUUGGGCUGUCAACAACCAGCAAUCACAGCCUGAAGAUAUGAGUUAGCCAUUCUGAUCUAAGAGGAGGAGGAAUUUCUUUAUCCUUAGAGAACUGUGGAGGCUCGAUCACCCAGUAUAUUUAAGAUAAAGAUUGGUGGAUUUUUUUUAUAUAUUAAGAUAUAAAAAAGAGGUAGUUAGAGGAAGAGACAGGCUAUAAGGUGAUAAGAAGAGACAAAGGCUGCAUAGGUGAAUACGAAAGGGAGGUGAUCAUUGGAACCAGGUAGGGAAGGGUGAUGGGCAGUUUAAACCAGGAGGUACUGUAUAGCGUGUGGACAAAAGGCAGAUGGAAUCAGUGGGGGAUAGAAACGAAAGAGUGGUGGCAUAGGCACAAUAGACCAAAUGGCUAACUCCUGAUUUAUUUCUUAUUCUCCUAUGCAGGCUUUAUGAUUGCCAUCACUACCAGAGUUUAGUACUGAGUCAGUCCAUUCCAUUUCCACAAUUACCUCAUCAGUCCGAACACCAGAUGGAAUAUUGUCACCAAAAUAGAAAAUGCUGAAAACACUCAGCAGGUCAGACAGUGUCUGAGAAAACUUAAACAGGUUUAAUUUUUCAUGUGAAGUCCCUUCAUCUUCUGAAACAUUAACUUUGAUCCACUCUCCACAGAUGCUGCCUGCUGAGUGUUUCCAGCAUUUUCUGGUUUUUGUUUCAGACUCUCAGCAUCUGCAGUGUUUCUGAUUUUCAGUUACAUUUGAAAUAUUUUAAUAUCCUUGGCUCAAUGUGGAGAAAAUUGACCCAUUGUACUACUGAUAGAAAUUUAUGAUACAGUUAAACAAAGGGCUUUUACACACACAAUUAGUUCCAAGACUUGGCAAUAUUUUAGAGACUGCAACUUCCUCACAGCAUUGGUGACUCGGGUUCUGUCCUGACUUCAUGCUGUCUAGAUGGUGUUUUUAGGUUCUCGUAGAUGAGCUUAAUGUGGGCACAUAGGAUUACUGUAGAAAUGCUUCAGGUCUUAUUCUAACAUACCGAAUGUCGAAAGGCGUAGAUAAAGUGGACAUGCAGAGGAUGUUUCCAAUAGUGGGAGAAUAUAGGGCCAGAGGGCACAGCCUCAGAAUACAUGGAUGUCCAUUUAGAAAAGAGAUGAGGAAUUUCUUUAGCCAAAAGGUGGUGAAUUUGUGGAAUUAAUUCAUAUUUAAAGUGGAGGUUGAUAGGCUCUUGAUAGGUCAGGGUGUCGAAGGUUACGUGAAGAAGGCAGAAGAAUGGGGUUGUGAGGGAAAAUAAACCAGCCAUGAUGGAAUCGUGGAGACGGCUUGAUGGGCCGAAUGGCCUAAUUCUGUUCCUAUCGCUUAUGGUCAGCAUGGAUGCAGUGAGCUGAACGGGUCUGUUUCUCUGUGAUUUUUCCACAUGUCUUCAGGGUACAAAUGUUUUCCUCAACUGUUCCAUUGGUUUCUUGUAAGAGUUAUUCCAUAUGUAAAGAAUUCCUUUUGAACUUCAGAGUAUGCAUCCUUAGUCAAUGCUGUCAGUCAUGGUGGAACUUCUAAGGUGCUCAUUCAGAUAGAGAAACUAAUUGCUUUAUGGCAGUGAUAAAGCUAAAUGCAUUGAUAAAUAGUCACUCAGUCCCUGAUUAAAUUUGUUUUUAUAUAUCGAUAUGAAUUGUAUUUUUUUUAAUCUUUUGUUAUUGAUAGAUUUCACAAAAUAUGUGACGUUAUUUCUUGCAGUAGUAAUUCCAUCCUUCCCAACUGCUAUGAAUAAGUGUAAAUCUCUUUCUUGUUCCACUAUCUUUUACCUUAUUUGUUUCAAUGUUAUUCAUGUUAACACAACCUCCUUCAACAUAAUUGCAAGGAGGCCACAAAUCCAAAGUCACUUUUGUAUUUGAUUUGACUUUUCAAUAUCAGGGCUGUGUGGCACAUGGAGGAUCUUUCCAUUUACCUUAUGUGACACUGAGCUAGAACAGUGGAAACUCUUGGUCUGGAUCCCUGCAAGUAACUUAAGCUGAAGUAGAUGAGCCAGUGUCAGACUUUGAGUGGUAGUACAUGUAUGAACUUCCCUGGGACACCUCAUUAUGCUUAAGAUUGCUAUCUAAGUGUGGGGUAUUUUCGACUGCACAGGCAAAGAUCAUGAAUGUGAUUGUUGUGGGUCAACAGUUUGAAGGUAGAGUAGCUGGUGUUGAAUAAAUUCUAGCUUAGAUGAGAGAGGAUACCACAAGGGAGUGAAUACAAAUGAUAGAUAUCUUACCUAUUCUAUACAAUUUCUGCAGGUCGACAGUAUGUCCAGAGAGCUGGGGAACGAUGCUCUGACUGCCUUCCAGUGGCGUUAAAAUAAGGUGGCACUUGGAGCUUCCCCUUUAUCAGUGGAGGGAUUUGCAACAUGGAAAAAAUAAAUUAAAAUCAAUCAGAAACUGUGGGCGCUGGAAUUCCAGGGAAAACUGGAAACAGUCAGCAUCAGUGGAAAGAGAAAUGGUGACUGGUUCAGGUCUGAGACUCUGUAAAAAAGGUAGGCAGGUGUCAUCAUGGACACAGAUGUGUACAUUCAGAGCACUGGCCUGUCUAUGGCUGCAACUUAGACACAGUGAGGUACAGGUGAGGGAAGAAAAGGCCCAGGAAAAUGGGGAUGUGAUGAAGUAAGCCUGAAGAUUAAGACAGAAUAUAAAGGAGGCUCAUGUGACCCAGUACAAGGGAAUUGUGGUGGUACAGCCUUUUUAAUUUGUGAUAAAACGAUUGUGUAGAGCAUUUACAGUGAGUUUGCAAAGCAUCUUACAGGACACGGAAUCAGCCCGGCUCUGCUUCAGCCCCAACACUGAUCAAGGCACUAUCUAGUGAGGGCAAGUUUAGGACCUCAGCUUUGCAGAGUCACUUUUAUAGUUUAAGGAACAUGCGGUUUGAGGAUAAUGGAAUAAGGCAACAGUGCAUAUGUCAUCAACAAGGGAGGGAGAAACCUUAAGUAAUCAAGCUUUGGAGAAACCUUGGAAAAUGAGAAGUAGGCAAGAUGUGGAGAAGUUGCCUUAAUGUCCCUUUUCCUUCCUCGAUGUUCAUAAAUAGUUUUACCUAUUUAAGUAGUGGCCAACUCCCUGGUUAUUGGAGAUGUCUGUUGUUUGAUAAACAGGGACAAUACCUAAAUAAUAACAAAAAUGCUAUAUUUGAAGUUUACCAUGAAAAUCACAUGGACUGCACUGUUUUAAAAUGGGGUGAAAAGACCAAUUUGAGUUGAUAAUUUAGCUAGCUUCCAUGAUCCCCUUUUGUGGGAUAACAAUGAGUCAAGGGUGUGUUUAUAUGAAAGAGCAGUGUAUGGACCAGUCAGUAUAUUGCGGGUCAUGUUCAAAUGCUUGAAUUAAAUAGAUCCAGUUAGAGAAUUCCGAAGUAAAAUGAUGGAUUUGGCAUGGUCCAUGUAAUCUGGUUGGUUAACCUGACAGUUGUGGGUGUACACUAGAAUAGUUUUGAAAUUUAAUUGCACCUUCCAUAGGUUCCAGAGGAGAUGCUAUCAAUCUGCUCUUUCACAAACCAUGAUUAGGUGGCAACCUCCCUUGUGCACCUCAUAUUCAGAACAGAUUCCCCAUGUUCCCAAGCCCUAUUCAAAAUCCAAAGAGAAAACUAAAUGCAUAAUCUGCUGUAAAAUUGCAUACAUUAUAUUUCAGAGAUUAUAAAAAAUGAAUGAAUAAUUUUUUAUGCACAACCAAUAAAUUACUUUCAACAAAGUUUACCGUGUGACUGCUGAGAUUAUUUAAUAUAACAGGAAAUGUUGAUCUAAAUUAACUUAUUAAGAAAAUGUCACCAUAAAGGUUUUAAAUAAAUACAGAUAAUUUGCUUUUGCAUUUCUUGGUGAAAGCACUGAAUUAAAAAUAACCUUUUAUUUUAGGCUCUGCACAUUGCAUAAAUGGAUUAAGUUGUUGAAGUGUGAUGCAUUUCUUUCAAAGCUUGCAUGAAGUUAGUUAUAAAGUAGGGAGUACGGAGCACUCAGCUGUUAAAUGCCAGAUUUUCUCUUUCCACAGUGGCCUUCUUGGACCUGAGUCCAUCACAUAGCUCACUGUUUAAUGUGCUCAUCCAGCUUUUUUCUUAA